UCAACGUCAGUUUAAAACACGGCAUGUUGGCUUAGCUGUUUGUUUUCCACAGAGACUCAAUUUUACACAUUCAGUGCGCUUAGAAAAGCGUUUUCCAAAAUUUUAAACCAUUUUAUUUAAAGAUUCUUAAGCGGUAAUCGUAGUGGUCCCUGUUGUUUCUUGGCCACACGGCCGGGGCUCUCAAUCGACGAGCACAGCGGUAAGAGGGUGUCGAAGUGUCAGUUAUCUUCCUUUGAUUUGGAGAAAAUGACCGACUCAGAUUCUGAAUACACAGACUGUGACGAUGACUCCAUCACAGAGAUUGAGAUUACAACAAAGGGGAUGGGAAAUGAUCCUGCAACCACCACAGCCUACCCUGCAGUUAUUGUUUUUGCACAAUGGGACUGCAUCCCCGUCGAUAUCAGGAAGGAGGCAGCACAUCUGAUGAGGCUCCACAAUUUCUGGGUGCACAUUCUGCUGCGGAGCGACAGCCCCCACAAUGUGGUCACCUGGGCUAAAGGCUUAGGGUUCAUCAAUCCAUUGGACCCGACCCAUUUGAGCCUGAGGAACCUACUCAAGAUCGAAUCCCUGGAAGCGAUCUUCCGAGCUAUGGAGAUAGGAACUUUUAAAAAGGACUUCACAAGAGAUCUAAUCUUGAUAAGUACCAGGUUUAGUGAACAAUGCCCAGGUGCUUUCGAGGAAGCUCUGGAAUGGUUAGCAUCGACGGAAGAGCCUGACAUCCGGGCUCGUGUCCUGCAUCUGGGUCACGUCCACAUGUGCUACACAGCCUUGCUCUUCAUUUUCAAAGAGUAUGCACAUUUCAUCUUCCGAAUGGCAAAAAACCUGGAGCGGACUAUGGCGGAGCUGCGAACCAAGCCUCCCGAGUCCCUCCUUGCGGCAAGUGAUGACCUCAAGAAGCAAGGGAAUGAUCUGUUUCAGAAGCAGAAGUAUGAAGAAGCUGUGGACAUUUAUUCCAAAGCCAUCAGAUGUUGCCCUGAAAACUACGUUGUCUUUGCCAAUCGGGCGCUUUGUUACAUCCGCUGUAAGAAAUACCUAGAAGCUGCUUUUGAUGGAAAACGAGCUGUUCUGAUAGAACCACUGUGGGCGAAGGGUCAUUACCGCUACUGCGAGGCCCUGUUCUUGUUAGGCGAGGUCAACAUGGCCAUCACAGCCAACAAGUCAGCUCGGAAUCUGUGCAAGAACGACUAUGAGGGAGUCAAAGACCUGGCGCAGCAGCAUCAGAAGUUUAUGAGUGAAACGUUGGGCAACACAAGUAACAAAGCGGAACCACCAAAGAAAGGUCAAGGUUCGAGUAAAGCAGUGCCCAUUAAGAACUCAAAUGCAGGGCAACCACAGCAACUGGUGAAAGGAAAAGGAGGUAGUCAUAAGAAUAAGACAAAGGCGGCGGCAGUUGCAGCCUUGCAAUCAAAGGUGACAGGAGGUCAAAUGAACAAGGAGAACCAACACGCAGGUAAAGGGGAGACUGUACCAUCAGUGGCGGCAGUUGCCACUGAAGAGCCCAAAAUGCCAAAAAAGAUGACGGCACCGGCAACCGCCGCAGCUAAAGAGUUCAGCACACCAAAGAGGACGAUGGCACCGCAAGCCGAUAAAGAGCCUGGAACUCCCAAGAGGAAACCCAAGAGCAUGGAGAAUCAACCCAAACAGCAACAGCCAGUCGCCACUAACAAAGCUGCCGUGUGCAAAGAGUUGAGGUCUCUUGUGGAUGACGCCCACACAGCCCUAAGCAACCUGUGCAGCUACAACGCCGAGCAAGCCUUCGGCCAGGCGCUGGUCCUGCUGGACACCAGUUCACACAAGGACCUUGGACUUUCAGCGUUAGAUGUGCAGAUGUUGCUUUACGGCCGUGUGUCAGCCCUGACAGAAAUUGGCAAGCCCGAGGAACUUGCAGAAGCACGACGACUCUUGGAGAAGAUCAAAUCUUAUGAGGAGAGGAUUUUUCAGUGUUUGGUUUACUACGCCCACGGGAGGCUUUAUCUCAAAGAGAACAGAUUUGCUGUUGCUCAGGAAUACUUUGAGAAUUCUCUGCAGAUGGUGAAGAAUCGGAUAACCCCGGGUAUUCUCACCUGGCCUCUAACUAAAGAGAUUGUUAAAGAAACCCAGCUGGACCAUUUUAAUAAAAUGUUGGAGGAUUCUAUAGCUUUAUGCAAAUUUCCCCCUUUGCCUGAUGCCACUUGUCGACUUGGGAAAUGCCUCGGCUCUUCCAAAAAUGUUUACUUCACUGACCCAGAUUUUAAAGGCUUCAUUCAGAUAAAGUGCUGCCAGCAGUGCCUGAUUGAAUACCACAGUGCUUGCUGGAAGAUGCUGAAGACAUCAUCGCCUUUUGAAAAGAAUGAUAAGGAUUUUCUGGAACAACCAUGUCUGACUCCAGACUGUUGUGGUGAAAUCUGUAGCAUCAAAAUCAUUGGCCCAACAGGCCUGGUGAAAUGUAAGUUUGAAAGUGACAUUGCAAAGCCGCAGACGCAGAGGAAGCCAAAAGUGAAUCAGAAGUCUUGUACUCGAGUGAAGAACUUCAAGUCAAAGGAGGAGGGUCACCUGAAAACAAAGAAUAAUCAUAAGGUGACUUGUGAAGAGACGCAGACUAUUGGUGAAGAGAUUCUACCGGCCAAAAACAGCAACUCCGUAGCACAGAGCCAGCAGCAAGCCUGGUUGCUGUACCGGGAUAGAGUACUCCUUCAGAUUAGCCAGAUGAUGCAUCUGCUCCGCCAGGAAACAGGUCUCUCCGUGUCAGCCCUGAGCACCGGCCUAAAGCCCUGGCUGGAGCUGGACUCGAUGCGGGGGAACCAGCUGGCCGGGAAGAUACUCAACUGGCAGCAGGAGCAGCUGGGGACACUGGAUCAAGCUGUGGAACUGUUGCUGGAGAGGAAGAAUCGUGUUUGGGCUCGCGUCUUCAUCCAACUGCUGUCCAACUCUUUGGAUAUAAGCGUGGAGCUCAGUCACUGGGCGGGCCGGCUCAACGAUGCGGAUCUGAAUGCCGCAAAGUCCUUCAUUGAGCGCAACGCAGACCACCUGGAGGAGCUGGACCUGACUCUGCUGCUAAGUUUUGCUCCACUGCAGGAAAUGAUUUCCAACAACAUUGUCACGAGCCCAGAGUUUACUUCAAAUAAGGGCCUCAAUAAAUAUGUGAGACGGGCUGCACCGCAUGAGAUGAGACUCUUUAUAUGGACUCUGGAGGAGCAUAGGGACCUUUACGUCUCGUGUAACAUUUUACUGGAUGAAUAUUUUGAUAUGAUUGAUGGACACUGUUCAGUUCUAAAAAAGUCUGAUCAAAAUCUAAGUAGUUUUCCUAUGGGUGUAAAGAGUCGAGGCCGGAAGAAGAAGAAAGAGCAAAAGGGUCUUCCUGUUGUUUGGUCCGGGUGGCAAAGUUUAGUGCCAACAGAUCAGUGGGAUGAAGAAGAUCCGAUAUAUUUCCUCAACCCCAGCAGACCGUUCAGCAUUCCUAACCACCUCCAAGAGCAGGUGGCCGAGUUUGAGGACCAGUAUAGCGGGCCCAGACAUAAGAGGGACUUCAAAAAGCUUCUGGACAACAAUCCUGAUCCCACAGAGGAAAAUAUGUAUGACUACUUUGCACAAAUUCUGGAAGGAUGCGGCCCCCUACCUGCCGACGACCCGCUGCUGAUCGGGGAGAUGGAAUACUUCCCACCGAUGGCUCAUGCAAAGAUUGACAAGGCAGGCGGUUUUGAGCCCUUCCUUUUGGAGUCCCUUCGCUUCAUAAAGAUAGGGAGUCGAGUCGGCCUAGCCAAGCAUGCCGUCACCCUGCAGCAGCAGCAGCAGCAGCAGCAUCAACACCUACCGGAGGCUCUAAAUAUAUUGUCAUCAUCCCAGACUGCGGCACCACAUCCUUAUGACGUUGACCCUUAUCCUGUCCCGACUCACCAUUUAUCUGUUGAUAUGGAUAACCUCGUCCCCCGCGUUGGCAGAGGCCCUAUCAGUUGCUGGAGUGACGCCAAGCUCCUCCCCAACGACUUUGACUGCCUGGAUCUUUAUACUACUGAAGUGGACGAUUUAUGGGAAACGUAUUCCUAUUCAAAUGGAUUAAAUUUGACCCCGAAUGAGGAGGGCAUUUUGAAGCAACAUUCGGAAACACAGACUUGUCCGCUGACUAAGGACAGUGUGGCGAUAAAUACGGAGCCUUUGGAAAGUUAUGAGACCUGCUACGGUGACCUUAACAAAAAGGCCAAGAGCAUUAAGGAAAUGAAGGAUAAGCUGGAUAAAAUGGCAAAUGACCAUGAAGGAGUUGACCAGAGGCACAAAGAGGGCCUGGCAGCCUUGCAGAGAGAGAUCCAAGAGAUCACUGCCAACAUACAAGUUACGGACAAAGAGUUGACCCUGUUCCAGCAGAAGCUCGAAGAGGAGAUCAAGAAGGACCAAAAGGAGAAGAAGGCCAACCAGGAGGUGCUGAAGGCCCUCAAGGUGGAGAUAGAACAGUUGGUGGAGGAGCAAGCCAGUCUAACCAAAAACAUCAGACAGAAGAAGGCCAGCUAUGAGGAGGAUCUAAACACGUUUUUGGAGCUGAGCAAUCAGUUGGCAGCAGAGAAGAUGAGUCUGGAGGAUGAGGUCAAACGCCGCAAAUCCUCUAUUGCCACGGCAACCAAGAGGUCUCAUACCGCGCAGUUGUCCAUCUUGGAGAGCAAUCGGGAUCAGCGUCUGCACAGCCUUCACAGUCAGAGGGCGAAUGCCAAGGUGCUGCUGGCCAAGCUGGAUGAAAACAUGCAGCGAUUUCCAUCCCUGGAAGUAAAUAGACAAAACUGGAGAGCCAACAUGCAAGAGCUGGAAACAAAAAUUGCCACAGUUGAGACUCAGUACAAGGAGCAAAUGGAGCAAGUAAAAUGUGGCAAAAGGGUCAGCGAUGUGCUCAGUAACUCCAGCCAGCCUGAUCCCCAAGUCUCUCUGCUUUCAUCCGACAUGGCCGGCCUUGGCGUGGCACCCGCCCCUCCCCCUGCUGAGACUCAACACCUGGCCAGACCCGCUUCGGCUACGAGCAACACAGUGUUUGACAAGGCCAUGGAGCGCCUGGCCACCAUCUUCCCCAACUACACCAAGCAGGAUUUCAUGAGGUUUUUUAAAGAGCUGCGUUCAUCGAAUGGUGGCAGUCUUAGCAGCAUGGGCUUGCAGGAGGUAGUCAGUGGAGUGAGCCAGGUGAUCCUGAAACAUCAGGACAAUCUCAGAUCUGGUGCCACAUCAAAGGCAACAGAGCAAGGAAGUUCUGCUACGCCCCCUCUAGUGGACUCCACCUCAGUCUGGCAGCGGGUCCAACACCAAAAACCACAUGACACCGUUGCACUGAACUUGGAGGACCCUUGUAUCAUCUGCCAUGAAGACAUGAACCCACAGGACCACUGUGUCCUGGAGUGCAGACACACCUUCCAUAAGAAGUGCAUCACGUCGUGGCUGAAGGAAAAUAGUAGCUGUCCCACCUGCAGGAAGCACACCUUGAUGAGCGACUUCCCCUUGCUGAUUGGUAGGAGGCGCCAAGCCCCGUGAUGUCAUCUUUUUUUUGUUGUUGUUGUUGUAGUGUAACCAACAUUUUAUGUAGUUAAAACUACAAUUUAUGACGAAUAAAAGUCAGGUUAAAAUGUA